AUGGUAGGAGGUGCCAUUGGUAAUAUAACAGAGGGAUUUAUUGGUGUAUUGCUGUUCCUAAGCUUAUGCUAUAUCGGGAUCCUAUUUGGCCGUUUGGUGUUUGUCUACGCCAUUGAGCGACCAACUACACAGUUUUGCUUCGUUGUUAUAUUUGCCCUCUCAACCUUUAUAUUCACUCUUGUAUUACUGGAUGCCUCAAAAGUAGCGAGUACGAUCUUUUCAACAAGCUUCAUCGCUCAUGCACUACGCUACGCUAUUAUAGCUGACCUCACCGCUAUUUCAUUACUUUGUCCCUUUUGUAUUCUUCGCUUACUUCUACAAAACCUUCAUCUACGUCGUUGUAUGAUACUAGUGGGUAGUUGUUGUAUUUUAUUUUAUCUUUUUGGGAAAUGGAUUCCUCUUCUACGAUGGAUACGUGGUCUUUUAGAACUUGGAUUUCACUUGAGCCCCGCACAUACACUAUGGGAUGCGGUUAGUACAACUGUUGCGUUAGUUGGUAUACUUGCUGUAGGUAUUCUCUCUGGAUAUGCCGCUGUAACAACUCCUGUGUCGUUUAUUCGACCACUGGUGGUGCGAGACAGCGGUGCAGGGGCACGGGUGGCUCUUGGUGUAUUGGCGAAGCGACAGCGUUAUUUACUCUCUCUAUGGACUUCCAAGCAAAGUCAAAUAGCGCAGGCGUGGAGCACUAAAGUGCCAUCAGCAUCAGCACGUGAUUCUGCUACACGUGUAUGGAGUUGGGUAGCAAAGUCGUUACGUUCUAGUGGUGGCGAUGGGAAUUCCCGCUGGAAUAGUGAGAAUGUAGCAAAAUUAAAAGCAGAGAGUGAUGGUAUACAGGCUGUAAGUACAGCAGUUUUUUUAGAGAUGAACGAGAUGGAUUCAUUGCUGCGCUCUGCAGAGAAUGGAGCUACUUGGCGAGGUUGGGCAGAAGCAUUCAUAGGGGUCUUGCUUCUCUUACACACCCUACUUAAGCUAACUUUUACUACUAUUAGUUUAUUACGAUGGUAUUUUUCUUCUUUUGCUACAGUGCCUCACCAGACUGAGGACACAGCAACACGAGUAGUUGGUAUAUUGGAAACAUACGGUCUUUCAGUUUCAAGUAGUGAGGGAACUGAGCGUCGAGUCGCAUGGGUGUCAUUGACCCUUAAUGCCUGGAUGAUUAUUAGCUCCAUUCGUGGAUUCCUCCUAACAGUAUUUCGACUAGUGACACUAUACACCGCUUUCUUAAGCAUGGAUACCACAGUUUUGGGUCUGACAACAGGAAUGGGUGCCUACUUUAUGGGACAACUGCUGCUGCUCCGCCUCUCUCCUACACUAGAGACUCAAAGUGUUUUGUCUGAAGUACUCCAGGAGCAAUUACCCCGACGCGAGCUGUACCGCCAUCUAAACGACCUGGUCUUUGUUAUAUCAAGCGCAGUUACUAUACUAGUACGUCACAGUAUGGUGUCACUGCAAAUCUCCAAUCAAUACAACAUUGAAGGCUAA